AUGGCGACCCUUUCUUCUCCAAGCUGCCACUCAUCUUCUUCUUCGUCUUAUUCUCGUGUUGCCCCUUCUUCAUCUUCUCCUUCUUCUUCUCUGUCUGGGAACCGUGGACGUAUAACAGUUUCUUCGGUUCCUAAACGAUUUCUGCCGAAGAAGAUCUCUCUUCCAUCACCUAGAUAUUGGAAUGUCACUCACAUGCAAGAUGGUGCAGUAACUGCAAGAGCACCCCUCCUUGCAAAUGAAACUCCAUUGAAGGAAUUGAAAGAUGGGUUGUUGUCAAUUACUUCUGCGGACGAAAUUACUGAUGUGGCAGGUUCUAAACUAGAUGAAAAUGAGACUGUUAGUAUUACUGUGGUUGGGGCAUCCGGGGACCUUGCCAAGAAGAAGAUAUUUCCUGCGCUUUUCGCCCUUUAUUAUGAGGAUUGCCUCCCCAAGCAUUUUACUGUAUUUGGUUAUGCUCGGAGUAAGAUGACUGACGCGGAACUAAGAACCAUGGUUAGCAGGACGCUUACUUGCAGAAUUGAUAAAAGGGAGAACUGUAACGAGAAAAUGGAGCAGUUUCUAGCAAGAUGCUUCUACCACUCUGGCCAGUAUGACUCAGAGGACAAUUUCACUGAGCUAGACAAGAAGCUGAAUGAGCAUGAGGGUGGAAGGGUUUCAAAUCGUCUUUUCUAUUUAUCAAUCCCACCAAAUAUAUUUAUAAACGUGGUAAAAUGUGCAAGCCGCUCAGCAUCUUCUUCUAAUGGCUGGACGCGGGUUAUUGUUGAGAAGCCCUUUGGCCGAGACUCUGAAUCCUCUGCAGCUUUGACAAGAGGCCUGAAAGAAUACUUAGUGGAGGAUCAAAUUUUCAGGAUUGACCACUAUUUAGGGAAGGAACUAGUGGAGAACCUCUCCGUGCUCCGCUUUUCAAAUCUUAUCUUUGAACCUUUAUGGUCAAGGCAAUAUAUAAGGAAUGUACAGUUUAUCUUCUCCGAAGACUUCGGCACUGAAGGACGAGGAGGGUACUUUGACAGUUAUGGGAUCAUAAGAGACAUAAUGCAGAACCAUCUGCUUCAAAUACUAGCCCUUUUUGCCAUGGAAACUCCUGUCAGCUUGGAUGCCGAAGACAUCAGAAAUGAAAAGGUAAAAGUUCUACGCUCAAUGAAGCCUUUGCAACUUGACAACGUGGUGAUUGGGCAGUACAAGAGCCACACUAGGGGGGGUGUUAAGUAUCCAGCCUACACAGAUGAUGAGACAGUACCUAAAGACAGCCUUACCCCGACAUUUGCAGCAGCUGCACUCUUUAUAGAUAAUGCCAGAUGGGAUGGUGUACCCUUUUUAAUGAAAGCUGGCAAAGCAUUACAUACUAGAAGAGCAGAGAUCAGGGUACAGUUCAGGCAUGUUCCUGGUAAUUUGUACAACAGGAGUUUGGGAAUGGAUCUUGAUCGAGCAACAAACGAACUUGUUAUUCGAGUGCAGCCUGAUGAAGCUAUUUAUUUGAAGAUCAAUAAUAAAGUCCCUGGUCUGGGGAUGAGAUUGGACCGGAGUAAUCUGAAUCUUCACUAUGCAGCAAGGUACUCCAAAGAGAUUCCAGACGCUUACGAGAGGCUACUACUCGACGCAAUUGAAGGGGAGCGGCGACUAUUCAUCCGGAGUGACGAGCUGGAUGCUGCUUGGUCACUCUUCACACCUCUAUUGAAAGAGCUGGAGGAGAAGAAGACAAUCCCAGAGUAUUAUCCUUACGGGAGUCGGGGACCUGUUGGGGCUCAUUAUCUUGCAGCCAGGUACAAUGUUCGAUGGGGUGACAUUAAUACGGAGCACCACCAAGAGUGA